UUAGUUUUUAUGGUAUGCAAAAUGAAAUUGCAUUGUUGAAGUAUAGUAUAUUAUUUAUAUACUAUCGGGCUUAUUUUCACAUAAAUUAGCACUUAAUUGAACUUUCUAAAGACCUAAGUGUAUUUAUAUUUUAUUAUUAACAUCAAAGAGUAUAUAUUAAUUAUUAACUUUGUAUAAUGUCGGAUUCGGAGAGCGCCGAAAAAAAUGGAAUUACAGUUUCCAAUGAAUAUGUCGAAAAUGGAACGAAUAAAUCAAUCGUUAAAUGUAAAUUUUGUGGUUCCAAAAUGUUAGACAAGAAAUCUGGUAAAUUCGUUAAACAAGAGAAAGAUCUACCUCUAAUGCAGCAAGACACAAGAAAAGACGCAGAGGUUCAAAACGAAAAAGUGAAUGAAUUCUAUCACGUAGAGAACAUGUAUACUUUCGAGAACAUAGGAUUUACGCACACAGUUGACAAUUACAAAUAUUUAAGUUGUGCAGAUUGUGACGCUGGCCCGGUUGGAUACUAUGAUUUGAAUACUAAGCAGAGUUUCGUUGCCUUAUCUAGGAUAAACCAUGCUUAAAUGUAAUAAUAAUUUGUCAAAAUUAGCUUAAGCGUUUACAGUCAAUAUUACUUUAACUUAUAGGAAACUUAAUUUUUAGAUUCCCAAUAUUGAGUUGCUUGUGACUAUGUUUGUAAUGUUGUGGAAGUAUCGGGAAUAUGAUUACUGCAGCAAGUCUCAUGUAAAUAAAAUUAUCUACAAUUAGCUUAAAGAAUUUCUUUAUUGUAAAGAUGCGUAUAUUUUGCAAAAAAGGAACACACUCACUCUGUAUACUAAGCUGUGUAUGUGUAUACUUUGCAAGCUUAUAAUAAAAUAAAAAAAUUUUUUAAAGAAUAACUAACUUAAUUCUAGCACAUAAUAUCGAUAUAUCAUAGAUAAUUAUUUUUUUAUUAUAAUUUAUUCAAUGUAAAAAAUUAAAAAAAAUAUAUAUAUAUUAUGUAGUCAUAUUUAAUAUUUGCUCAUUUUUCAUUCCAAAACUAUAUAAAUCAAUUUUUUAAUUAAAGUAAUUGUGAAUUAUUGAAUGUGAAUUAAUUUAGAAUUAAGUAUCACAAUGAAAAGAAUCUAUGAUAAUACCAUAAAAUGUUCAAAUAAUUAUAAAAAAAUUUAAAACUAUACUUGUUUCAUCGACUAUGAACUAGAAGAUAUUUUUUUUUGUAUUAGAUCUAUCUUUUCAGUCAGCAAUUUUGCAAAAAAAAAAUUAAAAUGCGGUUAUAUAUUUUUUUCAUUAAUAUUUAUUUGUUUAAUGAUUUGAUAUUUUGUGUAUUGAACAAUUUGGUCAGGUUUUGGAAAAAUCAAAAUUUCUCAUCCACAGAUCUUUUUAAAAUACAAAAAGUAAUCUUUAUAAUAAUUUGAGUAUCUUAUUUUAUAUUGUAAUCACUGAAAUAAUGUUAUCAAUAUAAAUUAAAAAGUUAGGAUCUAUUUUUAUGAUUAUUAAAAAAAAAAAAAUGAAUAACUGAAAUAUAUGUAUGCACAUGAUUACCAAAUUAGAUAAUUAUUUUGUGAUCAUCAAUGACAUGACAAGGUUUGUACAAGGAAAAAAAAAGCCGAUAUACUUAAAAGAAUAUAUGGCGGUAAGAAAUUCACCGGGUCAUAAUUAUGUAAUAUAUAUUUCUAAUUUGGCAAUAAAAGCUGAUAAAUAUGAAAUGGACAGGAGUUGGAAAACACGGUUUAAUGAAUGAGCUUCUAAUUUACUUUUGUAUGAGAUUUUAUUGAAAUUAAACUGAUCUUUUUAUUUA